AAACUCUCUUUCGAGUUUCGUUAUUGGAGAUAAAGGAGGAGAAAUUCUCGUAGAGUUAAUAACAGUAAUUGUCGAUAAUGGAGAAGCUCUUCGUACCAUCAUUUCCCAAAACUUUUUUGAAUUAUCAGACACCUGCAAAGGUGGAGAAUUCGCCUGAAGUUCAUCCAAAAUCCAGAAAGAAGAAUCUAUCUUUCACCAAGAAGAAAGAACCCAAUAUCAUUCCCGACGAGCAAUUGGAUUACUUGUGUAGAAACGGGAGUCUGCUCGAAGCUGAGAAAGCUCUAGACUCGUUGUUUCAGCAAGGUUCCAAGGUAAAACGAAGCACUUACCUCAAAUUGUUGGAAUCGUGCAUUGAUUCUGGUUCUAUCCAUUUGGGUCGUAUCCUUCAUGCUCGGUUUGGUCUGUUUCCUGAACCUGACGUCUUUGUGGAGACUAAGCUGUUGAGCAUGUAUGCUAAAUGCGGGUGUCUUGUUGAUGCCCGUAAGGUGUUUGAUUCAAUGCGUGAGAGGAAUCUGUAUACAUGGUCUGCUAUGAUUGGUGCUUACUCGAGGGAGAAUCGGUGGAGAGAGGUCUCUAAGCUCUUUCGUUUGAUGAUGGAAGACGGUGUUUUGCCUGAUGAUUUCUUGUUUCCCAAGAUUUUACAGGGAUGUGCUAAUUGUGGAGAUGUUGAGACUGGGAAGUUGAUUCAUUCGGUGGUUAUAAAACUUGGGAUGAGUUCGUGUCUUCGUGUUAGCAACUCUAUUUUAGCUGUGUAUGCAAAAUGUGGUGAACUGGAUUUGGCUACAAAGUUUUUUAGACGCAUGAAGGAAAGAGAUGUGGUUGCUUGGAACUCAGUACUGUUAGCUUACUGCCAAAAUGGUAAACAUGAAGAAGCUGUAGAAUUGGUAGAAGAGAUGGAAAAGGAAGGAAUUUCUCCAGGGUUAGUUACUUGGAACAUAUUGAUUGGGGGUUAUAACCAGCUAGGGAAAUGUGAUGCUGCAAUGGAUUUGAUGCAGAAGAUGGAGAAUUUCGGUAUUACUGCUGACGUGUUUACGUGGACUGCUAUGAUUUCGGGUUUGAUUCAUAAUGGGAUGAGAUAUCAGGCAUUAGAUAUGUUUAGGAAGAUGUUUUUAGCGGGUGUAGUGCCGAAUGCAGUCACUAUUAUGAGUGCUGUGUCUGCUUGUUCAUAUUUGAAAGUUAUAAACCUGGGAUCAGAAGUUCACUCUAUUGCUGUGAAGAUGGGGUUUAUCGACGAUGUGCUUGUGGGCAAUUCUCUGGUUGAUAUGUAUUCGAAGUGUGGAGAACUGGAAGAUGCAAGGAAAGUUUUUGAUUCGGUAAAGAAUAAGGAUGUAUAUACUUGGAACUCAAUGAUAACAGGGUAUUGCCAAGCAGGUUAUUGUGGGAAGGCUUAUGAAUUAUUUACAAGGAUGCAAGAUGCAAAUGUAAGACCAAAUAUUAUCACAUGGAACACGAUGAUCUCAGGAUAUAUUAAGAAUGGAGACGAGGGUGAGGCUAUGGACUUAUUUCAGAGGAUGGAAAAAGAUGGAAAAUUUUCUCGCUUCAUGCCAAAUUCGGUUACCAUUCUAAGUCUCUUACCCGCUUGUGCUAAUCUUCUUGGGGCAAAAAUGGUAAGAGAGAUACAUGGUUGUGUAUUGCGGAGAAACCUAGAUGCGAUUCAUGCCGUUAAAAACGCUUUAACAGAUACUUAUGCUAAGUCAGGGGAUAUAGGAUACUCAAGAACCAUCUUCAAGGGUAUGGAAACAAAAGACAUUAUAACUUGGAACUCGCUCAUUGGAGGUUAUGUUUUACAUGGUAGCUAUGGUCCAGCUCUUGAUCUUUUUAAUCAAAUGAAGACACAGGGGAUUAAGCCGAAUAGGGGAACUCUUUCGAGUAUUAUCCUUGCGCACGGUCUAAUGGGAAAUGUAGACGAAGGAAAGAAAGUAUUCUACAGCAUUGCGAAUGAUUACCAUAUUAUUCCUGCUCUGGAACAUUGUUCUGCUAUGGUAUCUUUGUAUGGACGAUCCAACAGACUUGAAGAAGCUCUGCAGUUUAUCCAGGAGAUGAAUAUUCAAUCAGAGACACCCAUCUGGGAAAGCUUCUUAACUGCCUGCAGGAUUCAUGGUGAUAUUGACAUGGCAAUCCAUGCAGCAGAGAACUUAUUCUCCUUGGAACCUGAAAAUACGGUCACUGAAAAUAUUGUUUCGCAGAUCUAUGCAUUAGGUGCAAAACUUGGGAGAUCAUUAGAAGGAAAGAAGCCUAGGAGAGAUAACUUGCUGAAGAAACCUCUUGGGCAGAGCUGGAUUGAAGUCAGAAAUUUAAUCCACACAUUCACGACAGGUGAUCAGUCGAAAUUGUGUACUGAUCUUCUGUAUCCCUGGGUGGAAAAAAUGUGUAGGCUGGAUGAUAGAAGUGACCAAUAUAAUGGAGAACUUUUGAUUGAGGAAGAAGGAAGGGAAGAAACUUGUGGAAUCCAUAGCGAAAAAUUUGCCAUGGCGUUUGGUCUAGUUUCCUCAUCCCGUGCUCCUAAGGCGCCGAUAAGGAUCUUGAAAAAUCUUAGGAUGUGUCGAGACUGCCAUAAUACUGCAAAGUACGUCUCUAAGAGAUACGGCUGUGACAUAUUGCUGGAAGACACAAGAUGCUUGCACCACUUUAAGAAUGGAGAUUGUUCCUGUAAAGAUUAUUGAGAUCAUUUUAAUUUGAGGAUGAGUGUUGAAGGCAAGCCUGCAUCAGUCGGCCCAUGGGGAGGCCAGUGUGGUCAUGCCUGGGAUGAUGGAAUGUACACCACAAUAAAGCAAAUAAUUAUAGCCCAUGGUUCUGGAAUAGACUCCAUACAAGUUGAGUACGACAAAAACGGUAGCUCGGUUUGGUCUGAAAAACGCGGAGGAAAGGGAGGCAAGAAGUUUGAUAAGGUCAAACUUGAUUACCCACAUGAGUAUCUGAUUUCAAUCAAUGGAACAUACGGUAGCUUUGACGUCUGGGGAACUUUAUGUGUCCGAUCACUUACUUUUGAGAGUAACCGCAGAAAAUAUGGACCAUUUGGUGUUGAGUCAGGUACAUUCUUCGCAUUACCAAAAUCAGGGUCAAAGAUUAUUGGGUUCCAUGGGAAGGCUGGUUGGUAUUUGGAUGCUAUUGGUGUUCACAUUCAACCAGUUCCUAAAGAGAAUAAUCCUUCGUCGAAAAUCCUUUUGCACUCGCAUCAAAGUUUCCCUCAGGGUGAUAAGAAACAUGAGUACUCAGUGAUACAAGGAAGUGUAGGGCAAAACUUUGAUAUAGUUGUUGCCCUCAGAAAGAAAGAUCCAACUUUGCCUUCUUUUGAAUCCCGAGAUUCCGCAGGUGCCGAGAUCACCAAACAUAAGUUGGUGACAGAUACUGAGAAGUUGCAGUCAAAAGUUGAAGGUGGCGCGAAAACAUAUGGACCAUGGGGUGGAACCGGAGGUAUCAUGUUUGACGAUGGGAUUUAUACCGGUAUUAGACAAAUCAAUUUGUCACGCAGUGUCGGGAUUGUGUCGAUAAAGGUCUGUUAUGAUUUUAGAGGACAAGCUGUGUGGGGAAGCAAACAUGGUGGCACGGGAGGAUUCAAACAUGAUAAGAUUAUAUUUGACUACCCAUCAGAGGUUUUAACACAUGUAACGGGAACAUAUGGGCCGUUGAUGUAUAUGGGACCUAAUGUGAUAAAGUCACUGACUUUCCACACCAACAGAGGAAAGCAUGGACCUUAUGGAGAAGAACACGGACCUUCUUUUACACAUCAAAUUGACGAGGGUAAAGUUGUUGGAUUCCUUGGAAGAGAGGGUUUGUUUCUUGAUUCCAUUGGUGUUCAUGUUAUGGAAUGCAAAAUAAGUUCCCUUAAGCCAUCAUCUCCUCACAAUGCAAUUGUUCCUCAUAAUAACUCCGGCACUGCGCAAAUCGAAAAUUCCCCAUGGGCUAAUAAGCUAGUCCUCGCAGCAAACGGCCAUGGUGAAGAGGUUGAUCGUGGAGUCGUCAAAGAACCAACACCGAGCGGUCCUGGACCGUGGGGAGGCGACGGAGGUCAAGCUUGGGACGAUGGAGUAUUUUCAGGGAUCAAGCAGAUAUUUGUGACAAGAGGAAAUGAUGUUAUCUCUUCAAUACAAGUCGAGUACGAUAGAAAUGGACAAUCUGUUUGGUCCACUAAACAUGGUGGUGAUAACAAUGGAGUCGCCACACACAGAAUUAAACUUGAGUAUCCAAACGAAACGAUCACCUGCAUUUCAGGGUAUUACGGACCUCUAAACAAUUCAGACAGAUAUAAUGUUGUCAAGUCUCUGAGUUUCUACACGAGCCGUGGGAAGUAUGGUCCAUAUGGUGAAGAAACCGGGACGUUUUUCACUUCGACUACAACACAAGGAAAAGUUUUGGGGUUCCAUGGAAGGAGUAGCUUGCACUUGGACGCCAUUGGAGUGCAUAUGCAGCAUUGGCUUGGGAAUAAUAAGCCUUAUUACAGCAGGGCUAGUUGUUUCAAACUCUUCUCAUAAUCUUAUCUGCGCACAACAAGAUAACAUCUAACCUCGUAUGGUCCGAUCGACGCUUACAGUCUAUCCAUUAAGAGUUACAAUAACACUGUUUCUAUAAACAGAAUAAUACGAA